CUCAUCAUGGGUAGAGAAGCUCUUGGAGAAAUGAAUGAAAAUGGAGAACUCUUCGCCGACUUCUGCGCCUUCAACGAACUAGUGAUUGGUGGCAGUGUAUACAAGCACAAAGAUAUCCACAAGGCUACAUGGGUGUCACCAGACGGGCAAACCAAAAACCAAAUUGACUUCAUCUCAAUGCUGCUCAAGGAAGUGGAGGCGCAGCCUACUGGACACAAAAGCAAGAAGAGGAGCAGACGUUGGCUCAGACCACUAUCUCGUACAAGGGACAAUCCAAAUCAAAUUAAAAGCUUUCAUGGAAACAGGAGCUGCAGAUAGAUCACAAGCCAAGUUCAACACACAAAAACUGAAGGACCGAGAUACAAAUGACAUCUUCAUUGCAAGCAUAAGGGACAAAGCUGAGACACAAAUCAACACUAGCGAAGAGGUCGGCGUCGAAAAGCACUGGAACAACUUGAAAACGGUGUGGAGUCAAACCUGCAUGGAAGUUCUAGGCAGAAAGAAGAGACAGGACAAACAGUGGCUCACUACGGACACUUGGAAACUAAUAGAAGAGAGAAGGACAGUGAAACAAAAGAUUAUCCAGUGCACUGACGAGCAACAAAAACAGGAGCUGAAUGCAAGCUACAAUACACUGAACAAAAGAGUAAAGAAGAGUGCCAGGGAAG